AUAGCAGAAGCAAUAACAUAGCAGAAGACAGAAUAAAGAAUUUGAUUUAACCACAUUACAAAUUUUGUGUUUACUUCAAUAGUUCAAUUUGGUUUACUCGGCAAACGUAUGUCGUAAUGACUUAGAGAUAUUCUUUAUCUCUAGUGUCAGUUUGUGUUGUGCUUAUCUUUCUGGUGUAAUAGUAACUUAAUGGUUUUCUUGUGCAGUGAACCUGUCUUUACCAUAAGGAAUUGGAUUACAAAUUUUAGGGUAUGAUGGGGCCAGGAUGAGUUGUUUAUCCUGUGCGGGUGAUGGAAAUCGGGAUUGCAUCCCUUCGGAAGAGUUUAACCGUUGGACAGACAGUCUGCACCAUGUGCUGCAUAGCAAAGACGGCAGAAAAUAUUUCCGAGAUUUCCUGUCUUCCCGUGGAUUGGAAGAUUCAGAGAAUACUUUGGAGUUCUGGGAACGCUGUGAAGUUCUCUGUAGAACACAUACUGGACACCGAGGACACUCCGGGUCCCACAAUUCCAGACACAUUGCUAACUUGCGUUUCAUGAAAGAUGCCCGAGAUUUGGUGGACUUUGCUGAGGACAAAAUCAACCUAGAUUUGGCAGCAAUGAGAGUGAUGUAUGAAGCUGUUGAAUCAGGGAAUGAGGACCAGAUCAAGAAUGCACUGAAAGAGGCGAUGCAGAGUGCCACAGAACUGUUAGCAGACGACUAUCAGCUGUUUAGGAAAAAUCUGUUAGAAGAAAGAGGACUGGGUAGGAGAACUUGACUAGCUGGUUGAGAACGUAUCAUUGAUCAGCUGUAAAUGAACAGGUUGUUUAUAGUGUGCUAAAUACUGUGCCUCAUCAAUCCAAUCAAAUCGCUUUGCAAGUAGUAUUGUUACAGAGUAUACUUACUUAGUAUGUUUACUCUAAAUAUACGAUUUUUUAUGUUUAAACAUUACUUUGUUUUUGUUAUUUUGAAAAUGUGUUAAAUGAAUAUUGAAAUAAGUGUAUUGUAGUGAAAUAGUUCAACCAAAUACAAAAAAAAUUUGGAAUGGUUCUAUGUUUACGUCAGAGUAAAUAUCAGUUUGCCUCUUACAAGUUUUUCUUACAUGAUUUCUUCUUUUUAAUCAGAAUUGGAAAGAAAAAUAUUUUAUGAAAUUAAUUUUUAAAACUGCAGUUAGGUUAUUAGUUUAACUGUGCAAUACACGUUAAGUUUUCAGAGAAAACUUUUAUUUGUUUGUGAAACAGUAUUGCUAAAGGACAUUUUUGUAUAGCAACUCACAGUUCCUAUAGUUUUAACGGAACAAACACAUCACACUGCCAGUUCCUUCUGUACUUAAGUUUUAAAAAUGUCUCAGGUUGAGCUAUGUACCAAAGGUAGCCUAUUUAAUAUUUGAUGUUAAUAACAUGGAUGUCAAGUGGUACUGGGAAUAAAAUAACACCAUAUUAUAGCAAGAGUACUUAUGUCAUUGCUGACGUUUGAGUGAUCAUCUCAGUUUUCCAAGAGUGUCAAUCAGGUUAAAACCUUCCAGCAAUUAUCACCAAUAUUUUAAAAUCCACGAUUAGAUUAUCAAUAUCUUGAUUUAUAACCAGAUAUUUUCUCAUUUAAAUUGUUAUCAUUUAAUCUAAUUUUGUCUUAACAUUUGACCAUUUACCAGUAUAUUAUUUUAAUCACCGUUAAUCCAAAAUUUGUGCUAGUACUGUAGAUGACGAAAUUUUGCUGUCCCCUUAAUUAAAUCAAAGAUUGUAAAUCAUGUUACCCAUGUCCUCCUCAAAAUUUGUAUUUUGUUUUUGAAACAAAUAAAAGAUUCAUUUCAUUAUUUUAGCCUAAGUUGUGAAGGUUAUUGAGCUCACAAGAUACAGUCAUGCUUUAGUGUUGGCAAAUGGAAUUAUAAGGUAUAUGUAACCUGGUACAUAAACUACAUCUUUGCCAAUGCACUGUAAAAUGUCAGCGUUUUCCUGAACAAAAUCAUAAAUUUACUUUAGAAUUAAAGGGUUUGUAAAUAGUGUUAUGAUGUUUAAGUUUAACAUAUUUAUUAUCUUUAUUUCAAUAUUUUCUGGAAAUACGGAAUAAAAUAUUUAUUA